AUGUCCGACAAAUCCAAAUACGAGCUCGCCCUCUCCAAAAUCGACGCCGCCCACAGCGACGAUCCCAAUAGAAUCACUGUCCCCAAACGCAACCCCACCAUCCACACCAACGCGACAACCCCAGAUCCAGACGCAGAAACAACCACCAUCCCCUACGAACUCCACUACGCCCAAAAAAUGACCUACUACCUCACUCGUCUCGACCCCCUCUCCACCUCCACCGACCUCCUCCGCCUCGCCAUCCGCGCCCAACACCUGCGCCGCUGGGAAAUCCCGCGCUCCUCCUACCCGCCCACCAAACCGGGCUACCACGCCUGGCGCUCCGAGCUCCAGCGUCGCCAGGCCGCGCUCGCCGAGCAGAUCUGUCUGGAGAGCGGGUAUACAGCGCAGGAGGCGGGGCGGGUGGGCGCAUUGGUGCGCAAGGAGGGACUGCGGAAGGGGCAGGACCGGGAGACGCAGAUGUUGGAGGAUGUGGCGUGUUUGGUGUUUUUGGACGACCAGUUGGAUGGAUUUGGGGAGGGGUUGGGGGACGAGGAGAAGAUGGUGGGGAUUUUGAGGAAGAGCUGGGGGAAGAUGAGUGAGGAGGGGAGACGGGAGGCGUUGAGGAUCGAGAUGUCGGAGAAGGGGAGGGAGUUGGUCAGGAGGGCGUUGGAAGAGUGA